CGAAUUCGAGAGACUCAAGACAAAAAGAAGGCGAUUGCUACAUUUUAUUAUUAUUUUUUUUUUUUAUAUUUUGUUCAUUAGUAAUAUAGUUUUUGUUCGGUGCAAGUUUGUCAUCUUUUUGUGGCAUGGAGUGGUUCGCAGUUUCUUGAACUGUUUUUAUCUAAUUUGAGUGUGUUUUCGCCGUUUUUCGACCUUUUUUUUCCACCUCCUCUUGACCCUCCACCUCGAAACUUCCGGGUGUUGGUUUGGAUCGCUAUUUGGACGCAUACACAGAUGAAAGUCGAACAAUUUUGGAUUUACUUUUAGCUCCAGCUGUGCUGAUUAAAAGUUCCUUUUUACAGAAAUCCUAAGAAAUAUGUUGUAAUGGCAAAAAUGGCAUCCGGAGAUCUUUCUUUGACCAGCACCAGCAGUCAGGAAGAAGAAAGCUCAGAGUAUGUGGGUUACGAUAGCACUCUUCGUCCACCAUCGAAUUCCAGUGGCAGCACAACAGCCGCCAACAUGGCCAACAACAAUGGGCCAAAUAAGGUAUCCAACACCAGUGUUGGCGUAGGAGUGGGUGUUCCUGUUCCAGGACAGGGCAAGAAAUAUGAAUUGCUCCAAUCGCAAUAUGAGUCGGCUGUACUCGAGCUGACUACACUUCGACACCAGCACUCAGACACAGAGCGACGGUGUGAUGAGUUGGCUACUCAGUUGAAUCUCUACCAAGAGGUGAUCGUAGCUGAUCGUAACAAAUACACAGAUAUAGCGGCGGAGAGUGUCCGAUUAAAGCAAAAACUAAGGCUUAUGGAAAGUCAGCAACAACAGAAUGGAAAUACUAAUGCUCAGUCAACGGCUCCAACUGGCGGCAGCGGCAAUGCCAUGUAUUAUUAUAACAAAUCGUCGCCCUGUGACGGUAGUUGUUCGGAGAAAUUAGCCGAGGUUAAGAAGGAGCGCAAUAUGGUAGCGGUUGAAAGGGAAAAAUAUAAGAAAUCUUACAUAGAAAUGGAGAAAGAAAGAAAUUUUUAUCGCGAUCGUGGCGAAGAGAACCAAACAUUGAAGCUGUUGCUCUCUAAGGAGACGAAAAAUGUGGUCAAUCUUAAUGAAGAGCUUAACCAGCUGCUAUCCGAGAAGGACAAUGUUUUGCAAGAACACCAGAAAAUGUCCGAUGAUUUGGCUAUAGCUAAUAAAGAAAUUGAACGCUUUAAGAAAGAUGAUCUAAUGUUUAAGACGGAAAUUAAAGCGUUACAACUGGCCAAUGCAGAAUUAAAAAAGAGAGAUCUGCUCAAAUCGCGGGAAAGCUCUUGGUCGAAGGAGUUUACUACCAGCAGCAGCAAAGACGAUACUAGCAAAGAGCUGGAAAAGAUGCGUAAAAGCCUCGAAAAAGCAUUGUCAGAAGUGGAGCGAGCAGUUCAGGACGCCGACGAAGCAAAACGAGUAAGAGAUUGGGCUAUUUCACAGCGCGAGAAAAUUGUGCAAGAACGCGACUCCGUUAAAACAUUGUGUGAUAAAAUGCGUCACGAGCGGGAUAAGGCUAUAUCCGAUUCCCUAAUGGCUAUCAGAGACAGUGAAAAGAUUAAAAAGCUUAAGGAUGAGGCCCAGAAAAAAAUAGACUUGCUGAAAGAUCAAUUAGAGUCACAGCAACAAUUGGACAAUGCGUUGCGUCGCAGUUUCCUCAUGAGUAGUUAUGAAGGUGAAGAUCUGCUAGAGAUUGAGUUGGCCAAUUAUCAUGAUGGUGAUUUAGGUAUUAUACUGGAUGAUAGUAAUAAAAGAGGACUUCCUCUUGUCUGUGGAGUUACAAAUAGCUCACCUGCCUUUGGCAAACUUAAAAUUAACGAUGUCAUUUGCAAAAUCAAUAACAUGGAUUGUCAAGCCCUUUCAAAGCGUAUGGUCCUUGAUGAGAUUCGAGCGUGCGCUCCACGCAUUUUGCUCCUGGUAUCACGCACUAGGCACAGCAAGCAUCAUUCGUAUUCAGUUCAACUCAAAUCUGACAAUCAUGGACUUCAACUGGAUAUGGGAGUAUUUAUAGCCAAAAUAGAGCAGAAUUCUAAGGCUUUCUAUGAGCCUGAGUUGGACGUAGGCGACCGCAUUUUAAGUAUCAAUAAUAAAUCGAUGGAUUCCGUGCAAUCUAUUGAUGAGGUAAUGCAAUUAAUUAAUGACACACGAAGCGACACACUCAACAUUUUUGCUCUUAAAUAUGUGCAAGAUCAUGUGCAACUUGGUGAAGGGGGUCAUCCGUGUCGCACAACAACCUCUUCAGCGCAAACAGAUUCCAUUGAUUCCAUGCAACACGUUAGUGGAAGUGGCAGUGGAGCAAACGGAGGAGGUGGUGGCUCAGCGUCCAAGCAUCCAUCCAAAAUUGCCGAUUUUUUAAGGAAACUGAGUAGAUUAAGUAAACCAGGCACUGCAGAUGAUAAUUUUGAGCAGGAGCAUGAUGAUGCCAUAGCCGCGUUGGACUCUGUGCUUAGCGAGAACAGCUCAGAGAAAAGUAAAGAGAAUCUCUUUAAGCGCAAUAAACGGGGAAAAAAGGAAAAGGAAGCGGCAUCCAAGAGUAUGGGCACAUGGCCAAGGACUAAUAUCUCGCACGACAAUCCUACUGGAACGAUAGUGCGGGGCGGAGAAAAGAAACGCGCCCUAAUGUCUCUAUUUACACCUGGCCCCAUUAAUGUAGACAAUAAUGAUGAUACCGAACCGAGUAUGGCCGCUCCAAAAGGAUUGGGUAUGGCGGUAGGUGAUAAGCCACAACAGCUACAACAGGAACAGCUUCCUCCACCUUUGCCACCACCACUGUCUAAACCACUGGCGCACAUCAGAAAUGCUAAUGGAAGUGCAAUUAAGACCAAUCCCAAUCGCAAUUCAAAUCCAGUUACAUCGCUUUUUGCCCAACCUCCCAGCAACAGCAUAGGUAACAACAGCGGUAACAGCUUGGUGGGUCAGCAUUCGCAUCCCCGGCACUCGCUCUACAGCUCACCCGAUGACUUGCCCCAAAAGCCCCUUUUACUACAGCGUCCUGCUCCUUUUGUUGCUCGGGCUAAGAUUCCUUCUCAAGAUCGAUAUGGGUCUCGGCCACAUAACUCGCAUCGUCUGUCACUGAAUAUAACUCCUAGCGGUGAUUUUUAUCAACCCAAGACAAGUGGUCAGCAAGCCCAACAACAAGUGGUCCCUGGAGCAGGUCCGGGUAUGUUAAUGGGAACUGGAUCAAUCGGCAGCACUGGGCCAGCAGCUGGCGAGUUUCCUGUACGCAAACAACAAAUGUACGAUGUUUUUCAUCCUCCACCACUGCCCAAAACUAAUCCCAAUGCAGUUUUUGUUCCACUUAAUCCUCUUCGUGCAAGAGGCAAUCAGCCUGCGGAUGUUAUUUCGCUCAAAUCACAAAACUCCAUUGAGUCUAUUUUAUCCACCAAAAGUCCGCCACCACCCAUAAGCGAAUACAAUGCUUAUCCCAAGCGUCAUGUGCCGAUGCCACAGGCGCCACAACAGGCGCAGGCAGGAGUCAAGCAUGUGCCCAAAUAUCCAAGUGAUAGUGAGAGUAUUGGAUCUGGAAUGCUGGGGAUGGGAGGAACUGGAGCAGGCAUAUAUGCACCACCUCACCCACAUACGCAAGCCCCAGGGAAUCGGCAUACUCAACUAUUUCCCAGCUUUGUCCCCAAUGUGCAUGGUUUACGUGGUUUACAUGGUAAUAUGAGACGCUCCAGUCCGCUAACUCUUCCCUCACCACCUCCACCACAAACUCUUACCCAAGCGCCUAUAGAGGGUGCCAUUGGCAUACCAACUGAUUUAGAAAAUUACCAUCCCCCGCAUCCGCAGCCCUAUUUAGACUUUACUGCCCAAAAUAGCAUGACCAAUCAUGGGCACUAUCCAUAUGGAAUGAAUACUCCCGGUGGUGGCGUCAUCUACGAGGGUGGAACAUUUCCUCGUAAGAAAGACAACCAGAGACUGCGCAUACCGUCCAAUCCGAGUGUGGCCAGCAAAAGUGGAAGCAUGGUGAAAAACAGUUCGGGUUCCAUAGAUCAUCAUUAUGCUGCGCUGACAAAUGCUAACUCAGUGUCGGCCUCCUCUUCGGAGCGAGCUCCCAUGUCGCUGAUGAGUUCGAGUUUUGGUGCCAACAUUUUAAGCAGUGGACACCCAAACGGCGGAGGCGGCAGUGGACGCGGUUCUCCCAUGCCCCAGGUCCAUGUUGAGGUGCUUAGCCAUGGCGGCAGUGGCAGUUCCAAGCGGAACUCUAAUGUGCCUGCGGAUUUUCUCUGCCCUGGAGACCUUAGAAGAGUCACCAUCGAUAAGCGCGACAAAUCUCUCGGCAUCACCAUUCAGUGUAAUAACAAUGGAGGCGGCAUAUUCGUGUCCACUGUUGCCGACAAAAGCACCGCGAUGCGUGCUGGUCUCCAGGUGGGUGAUCAACUCUUGGAAGUAUGUGGCAUUAAUAUGCGAGCAGCGACGCAGGAGAUAGCCGCUAAUGUAUUGCGCCAGUGUGGGGACUCUUUCACCAUGCUCGUCCAAUAUAAUCCGGAGAAAUUCCCUUCGCCGGCAGAAUAUGAAAGUACAAGUGGGCAUCAGAUGGAGCCAGAAUCGCCUGUGAAUCAUUCGGGCUCUCCAACGCCCCGUAAUUCACCACGUCCACCGGCGCGUAACAUGUUAAUACCCAUGUCUAUUCCCAUGUCGGGUAUUCAGCCGCUUAUGCUGGCGCCUACUGCAACAACUUCAUCAUCGUCAACAUCUGGUUCAAGGGCGCCACUCUCACAUCAGUCCAUAAAAGAUCAGAGCUUCACUGAUAGCCUAGAAAAUCAAUCCGACAUCAGCAGUAGCCAAGAUAUGCCAUCAUCUGCGGCCACUACAACAACAACGACAGCAUCGGGCACUUCUACAGUUUAUGAUGAGGAUCCCAAGCCAGCAUUGGCACCACCGCCAUCAUCAACUGUAGCGGCGGAAACUCUUCGCUAUGUCACUUUGCAUAUGGAUAAAUCUAAAAAUCUUGGCAUUAAGCUAUUCGGCGGCAACAAGGUGGGCAUAUAUGUGCAUGAUGUGGCAGCUGGAUCUCCGUCGGAUCAUGCCGGCAUACGCAUUGGUGAUCAAAUUUUGGAAUAUAAUGGCGUCGACCUAAGUGGUGUAACGGCUGAGCAGGCAGCCAAUGAAAUCUCCAAACUCACCGAUACAGUCACUAUGCUUGUGCAAAACAAAUUACACACACUUAAACAAAUAAAAGAUGAACCCGGGGACUCGUUUUAUAUUCGCGUGGGGUUUGAUCGAAUUGGUGAACUGAGUGAGGCUGAUUUACGUUUUGUAAAGGAUGAGGUGCUUUACGUGGAUAGUACUGUUUUUGACGGAACUUUUGGUCUUUGGCGGGCCUGGAAAUUAGAUGCCAUAGGCCAUCGCACAGUAUGCGGCAUUAUUCCAAGUCAAUUGAAAGUUGAGGAGGAACUAAAGUCUGGUGAAGUGGUGGACUGUGAUACGGGAACUGCAAGACGCGGUAGCACUUCAGCUCGUCGUUCGUUUUUUCGCCGCAAGAAAAACCAGCGCAGCUCAUCCCGCGAUUCUACAGAAAUUGCCAGUUUCAGUAACACGCAGCUUAGUUUUUUCCCUGACUUGGGCCUCUUAAACGAUGACGGUGGUAUUUUGAGCUAUCAGCGUGUUGAGCUUUUAGACUCUCCGAUUCGACGACCUGUUUUAAUUAUUGGUCCGCUGUCUGAAUGUCUAAUGGAUCGUCUGAUAAUAGACUUUUCUAAUCUUUUUAAAAGAUGCGAAGUAACAGCCAUGGACUGUUCACAGGAGGCAAUGGAAGAGGGUCUUAAGGAAAAUAUAUUUGUGGACUAUCGUCGUCGGGGCAAUAAAUUUGAAUGCACCACAGUAGAGGCGAUAAGCCACGCAUGCAAAAAUGAUCGUCGCCACUGCAUCUUGGAUGUAUCAAUAUCAGCAGUUGAACGUCUUCAGCGCUUACAGAUUUAUCCAAUUGUGCUGCUUCUUCGCUUUAAAUCUGCCAAACAGAUUCGCGAUAUUCGUGAUUUCGGAUCAGACAAAAUUUCGGCAAAGGCGGCUAAGGAAAUGUACGAGAGAGCCCAGAAGCUGGGCUCCGACUACAAACAGUAUAUAUCGGCCGUAAUACCAGGCGUAAGCAUUAAGCAUAUGUGCACUCAGAUAAAAGAUGCUGUGGACAAAGAACAAGAUAAGCUGCUCUGGGUGCCAGUUUCGAAUUGCUAAAAAUGUCGGAUUGGAUUUUUUCCUUUUUAGUUUUGCUUAGCUGUAGGGGAUUUAGGCGUAAAAAAACCGUAAUCAACCGUUAUAAAAUCUAUCGGUUUCUUGUAUAGUAUUUUGAUACGUAUCAGAAAAAAAAUCAAUCCUAAUCAACCUCGUGGAUUCGUUUCGAUUAACGCAAAGUAUUCUAUCGCCGUAUUUUCAAUGUGUCUUAUACACUGUUUAUCUGUGUAUUCUCCGUCAUCUAAUUUAUAUAACUAAAUAUUUACCUAACCAGACAUAUUAAGUAUAUAAUAUGUAUAUUCUUCAUUUGUUAUCUGUCGUCUCAAAAAUGUUCUAAACUUUAAUAUUUUUAUAUAUUUGCAUGAUUGCUAGAAAUUAGCAAUACUAAACCAUGCCCCUUAUCAAUAUCAAUUGCAAUUUAUUUUGUAAUAAUUUUAAGUCUAUACAGAAAACUACUGUAAGGCAACCGUUAAUUUUGGCUUUAAAAACUGUUAAGGUUAUAUAUUCAAUUUUGUUUCAAUAAUCAACUAUUGAUUUCCAAUAAAACGACAAUUCGCGGAACUAAGCAAAUAUUUAUUGAGUAAAUGGUGAGAAAUAUAAAUAUAUAUACUCAAUUUUCUAUCACUAGCCUUAAAACUGAAAGUAAUGAUGAAUUAUGCCUUUUAUAUUGCAAAACCACUUUACAUAAAUCUAAUUUAUCAUAUUUACUUACAAAGAUAUAAACUUUAUACAUUUGAUUUUUGCAAUAAAUUGUUUGUUUUAGAAAUCA